CAACACAACAAGGCAAAACUUCCCAUCUCUAAGAAAAUAUAAUGAUAUUUACAAAUUCUUUGAAAAAGAAAACAUCAGCGCGUACCAAACACUAAUUGACUUCAUCGACGAAAUUGAUGUAAAGCUAUAAACAGUACUCCAACAUCUUCUAUUCUUUGACUUGAGCCCACGCUACUCACGGGUAGCUUGGUAACUUAAAUCCUAAAAAAAAAAAAAAAAAAAAAAAAUAAUAAUAUUUAUUUCGUCAAACCUGAGCAAAAAAAAAAAAUACAUUUGCUCCUUAUCACUAGGAUAGUACUCAUAGUACCCAUAGCAAUAAUAUUCAAAACAAAGUAAAGGAAAGAAACAUGAAAAAGCAGCUAUACGGAACUCCGCGGGAGUCAUCGCCAGGAUUCCGCCGGCUAUGUGCAGACAGCACGCAAAAGUCUUUUUUUGGCGGGAACUCGAACUGCUCUACACCUUCAGGGAGUUUGAAAAAAACUGCCCUGCACAAGAGCCGGCAUAGUUUGUCCGGGCGAUCUACCCAAUCGAUACCCGGCAUCCGGUCGGACUACAAUGUUGUGGAGAGCUUUGGUUUUCCCCUGCCCGUCGUAGUGAACGAGGCCUUGACCUUUGUGGGAUCUGCUGUAGGAGCCGUUUCUGCGAAGGUUGCCCAAAAUGGCUGGGCUUGGGUUGUGCACGGUCGCCGACUUUUAAUUUGGCAGUACAAAGAGACGUCCAAGGGUGCCAAGCAACCUAGGCGGGGAGGUGGCUUGUCCCAAUGCCGCGAACUACAACUGCCCUACUCCGAUUUAGGGUACAACAGUGAGUUGAUUAGUUUAUUCCAGACAGACGGCCAGCAAAUGGCAUCCUGCAUAGCAGUUUCUGCAACGAGAGAUGUGCGCUAUUGGCCAUCUAUUGCCCACGACGGGAAUAACGUGAAUCUACCGAUCCUAACCGGUCAGGACUUCGUUCAGAUCAUAAAUCUACCAUUGCAACAGGGCUACCUUGCUGUGACCUCAACUUGCAGGAAGGUCACUGUGCGAACUGUGCUGACGUGCAGGUGAAGGUGCAGUUGAGUUUGAGUUUGUCCGCAAGAAGCGCCCAAAAUGUUGUUAUAACCGAGCGGAGCCGAGAGUAGCGGUCUAGGAUUGUCUCCAAUUUAAAAUUAAUCUCUAACUAUAUCUGCGAUAAAAUUAAACUCUUUAAGCAAUAACUUUACCACAAUAUGGCUCAACAAUUGGUUCCACCCUACCCUCGAGGGGCUGAGGGACGUUAUUGAGCCAUAAGUAGAUACAAUACUAUUUUUGCCACCAAAAGUAAAAAAUAAUACUACCCUCGCCUUGCCUUGCCUUGUCUUAAAGAGCGAAAAAUCAUUGAAAAACACUGCAAAUAUUUGAGAUCAGAGCCUAAGAAACGAAUAGUUGAUUUAAAGAUUUAAAGAUUAAAGAUAUGUUGUACAAUAUAUGACAAA